GCCACAGUGGGACUGCAGAGCCAGAGGACUAACAUUAGCACAAAUAUAUUUAGUUAGAUGAGGUGAUCAGCUGUAAAAUGCCUAACUCCUGCGCUGUGAAGACGUGCGGAAACAAAGCGAGGACCGGCGCUAGUUUGUCGUUUCACCGCCUCCCAGUGAGGGAACCUGCGCGGCUCAGACUGUGGCUGUUCGCCUUGAACAUCGAUGUAAAUACUCCCCGGGAUGAGCUGAAGAAAUAUAUAGUGUGCUCGGAGCAUUUCGCUCCGGGGGACUACACCGCUAACGGACAGCCGAGGACCAGUGCGAUGCACCGUUUCCUGACGCCGACGGCUGUACCGACUGUUGGUGUUUCCCCUGGCGCACAGGAUCAAAGUGUAGCGGAGGACUCAGAAAACAACACGACCAAGCAUGCAGUAAUGGCUUCUCAUUCCUCUGAAGACACCAAGCCGGUCUGUGAAGAACUGCCUCCCCCACUGCAGCAGUGUGACAUUAAGGUGGAGCAGGCCCCCGUCCUGGAGGAAACAGAGAUCCACAUACAGGUCAAAGAAGUGCUGCGGCAGCACUGUGACAUUAAAGUAGAGCAGGCACCCGUCCCGGAGGAAACACAGAUCAACCCACAGGUCAAAGAAGUGCUGCUGCAGCGGUGUGAUCUGAAGGUGGAGCAGGUUUCUGUUCUAGAGGAAACAGACAUCCACCCGCAAAUGAAAGAGGAGCUGGUAGAUCAGUGCAUCAGUCCAGACAUGGAGGCUUCAAACAAAGCUGAAGUUAAAUCAGAAGCAACCAUUAAAUGUGAGCUCUUCCCAUCUUCCAAUGCUUUAACUGUGAAUUUGAACAAUAGCAUAGACGACAAAUGGAAUGAAAGUGAUGGUUCUUUGUCGCCUCAUCAGAGUCAUGGCAUUGAAGUCUUCGUGGAACUGGAACAGCCUCCAAGGGAUGAAAAGUCUUGCUACCUUUGUGGUAAAUGUUUUAAGAAGGACUCUUAUCUGAUAAGGCAUGUAGACAAGAGCCACAAAGGGCACAAAGCCUUUAAAUGCCUGGAAUGCAACAAGGAGUUUGACCAACGCUACCAGCUAGUUCUGCAUAUUAGAUGUCACACAGGGGAAAAACCCUUUACCUGUGAUUACUGUGGCAAAGCAUUUGUUCAGAACUCAAGUCGUCUUGCUCACAUGAGAGUGCAUACGGGGGAAAAACCAUAUUUUUGUGCCAAGUGUGGAAAAAGUUUUGCCACAAGCAAUCAUUUCAGAUUUUGCAAAAUGCAGACUGAGUGCAGAGUCGCGCCAGAGAAGGAGAGCACAGAUGAGGAUCACAGAGAGGACAAGGCCUUUAAAUGCUUUAAAUGCAACAAGGAGUUUCAUAAGAACCACCAGCUCGUUCGGCACAUGAGAAUUCACACGGGUGAAAAACCAUUCAGCUGUGAUUUCUGUAGCAAAACAUUCACUCAAAAUUCUAAUCGUACCGUUCACAUGAGACAGCAUACUGGAGAGAAACCGUACUUUUGUAAUAAAUGUGGCAAGAGGUUUGCAAGUAGCCAUCAUCUCAAAUUGUGCACAGGGACACAAGACAAAAGCUCAACUAAGCUAUUUCGCUGUACAACUUGUGGCAGGAACUUUCGCACAGAUUCAAACCUGAAGGUGCACAUGGAGGUUCACAAGUCAUGGCAGCGGCACAUCAGUGAGAAACUGCAAGGACAAGAGUUGGAAGAGAAAAAACUUAAAAUGGUGUGAGAGAACAUCAGAGUCUAUAUAACACCAUAUAAGGCGUGUAGUCAAUUUGUUUUUCUUUUACGGUCGAGAAGUGAAGAAACGUCUGCAUUUUCUUUAAAAUUUUUACUUAAAUAACACGUACUGUGGGAAGUGGGGUCACAUGACUGCUGGGCUGAAGAGCAGCAGGACAACAGGUGUGCUAACUGGGUAGGUCAUGUGCCUUGAGUGUUCUUUGCUCUGUGUCCUGAGCUCAUUCUGUUUGCCCUUCAGCUGAGCUGGUUCCCUCAGUUGACCUUUGUUCCUGAGUGCGUUGAGUGAUUUUAUUUCAUUAUAUUUCCUUGGUUUUUUUCUCACAUGAUCAUAUAUUUAGCGUGAGAAUGUAUUGAUGUACUGAUUUUGAUUUAGAAUUGUUUGUUGCUUAAUUCAAGAUAACAUGAUAGAAUUUGACCUGCAUUUAUGCUUUCUUUCAUUUGUAGAAAUAUAACAACUCACACCUGAUUGC